AAAUAAAAAAAUUUGCUGACACGAAAGGAAAGAGUAGAAACUUGAGGCUAAAAAACUAACAACAAACUCGAAAGAUUUCAGGAUCAAACAAUACAUUGGGUUUUAUUUCUUGAUAUUAUCGCAAUAAUUUUUGUUGAUUUCAAGUAGAAUUUAGUCCUAAUUUACUCAAGAAUUUACAUAAACAAAAAUCAUGACCGGAAAGUUGAAGUGUGUGAUCGUCUCCGUCGAAGGCAGUGAAGAGAGCAUGAACGCCUUGAAUUGGGCUCUUGAUAACGUUAAGCUCAAAACCCGUGAUCCCGAUUCUCAAGAACCAGAAGGGUCCUUUGUGAUUCUCCAUGUUCAAUCUCCGCCGUCCAUUGCUGCUGGUAUUAACCCUAGUGCUAUCCCCUUUGGUGGACCCAGUGAUAUUGAGGUGCCUGCGUUUACUGCUGCAAUCGAGGCACAUCAGAAACGGAUCACACAGGCUAUUUUAGACCAUGCUCUUGAGAUUUGCGCUAAGAAAAAUGCAAACGUUAAGACCCAAGUAGUUAUUGGGGAUCCAAAGGAGAAAAUUUGUGAUGCUGUUGACGAAAUGCAUGCUGAUUUGCUAGUGAUGGGUUCCCGUGCUUUUGGUCCCAUUAAAAGGAUGUUUCUGGGCAGUGUAAGCAACUAUUGCACAAACCAUGCACAAUGUCCAGUAAUUAUUGUUAAGGCUACUUCUUGAUACAAAUAUUCCAGGGUUUGGUGACACAUUCUGUCUUCUUUGGAUGAUCAGCCUUGAGCUGUAGUUAUGGGUUGCUCAUGAGAUGCGUGGAAUGUGUUUGUUCAAACAAGAUAAUAAUCGCUGUAUACUGGAAUAAGCUUGACUGGCUGUCUCUAUGCUGUAGAUCAUGUGUGUUUUGCAUUAUUUUUUAAAGGUGGAUUGGAUCUUGGUUUGUGUAUUCCCACAUGUGCUGUUUACGCUAUGCAGAUUUACAUCAUGUGAGGGUUCAAGAACUAUCAGUGAAGGUAGUGUGAAGGGUGUCAAUGUAAUCGCGUAAUGUAUUUGAAAAGGGAGCUUGCAUUUUAUUGUAAUUACACUAUAAUGUUUUGGCAAUCAAUGGUUUUUUUUUAUU